AUGAUUGCUCUUGGUUCAAGUUACCCAUACGGAUCAACUUCAAGCUCUAGCAGACUACAAGCUUACUCUCUAAUGCAGACACCAUUUGAACAACCUCAACCUUUACUUACUCUACAAAAUCAAGACAUUUCUCAGUACACUCAAGAUUCCUCAUUUCACCAAAAUUAUCUUCAAACACAGCUUCAUUUACACCAGCAAUCUACAGGGACUAGUUUCCUGCAUCAUAACAACCAAUCAAGCCAAAACCCUCAGUAUUACAACAGUUAUAUCCAAAACAAUCCAGCUUUGCUUCAUGGAUUGUGGAACAUGGGUUCUUCAUCAUCUGUAAUGGAGAAUAAUGGCAGCUCCAGUGGGAGUUAUGGUACCGGAGGCUUUCUAGGAAAUGGGCUGGGAAUGGCUUCCACUUCUACAGGGUCUAAUGCAGUUGGAUCAGCUGAGGAACUUGCACUUGUUAAGGUUGAUUAUGACAUGCCAUCUGCUGGCUAUGGAACUUGGUCAGGGGAAUCAGUUCAGGGAUCCAACCCAGGUGUUUUUACAAUGUGGAAUGAGUGA